GCAUCCGGGGACGUGCGGGAGUCGCCGUAACCCGCAGCGCUGCCCCUGCGGACCCGCCUUCUGCCUUGGUCCGGCCUGAGCAGUUCUGCGAGGCGACGGCUAGAGAGGGACUCAUGGGGACGGUGCACGCCCGGAGUUUGGAGCCUCUUCCAUCAAGUGGACCUGAUUUUGGAGCAUUGGGAGAAGAGGCUGAAUUUGUUGAAGUUGAACCUGAAGCUAAACAGGAAAUUCUUGAAAACAAGGAUGUGGUGGUUCAGCAUGUCCAUUUUGACGGGCUUGGAAGGACUAAAGAUGAUAUCAUCAUUUGUGAAAUUUGUGAUGUUUUUAAGGCUAAAAACCUCAUUGAGGUAAUGCGGAAAUCUCACGAAGCCCGUGAAAAGUUGCUUCGUCUGGGAAUCUUUAGACAAGUGGAUGUUCUGAUUGAUACAUGCCAAGGUGAUGAUGCACUUCCAAAUGGGUUAGAUGUCACCUUUGAAGUAACUGAACUAAGGAGAUUAACAGGCAGUUACAACACCAUGGUCGGGAACAACGAAGGCAGCAUGGUACUUGGCCUCAAACUCCCCAAUCUCCUAGGUCGUGCAGAAAAGGUGACUUUUCAGUUUUCCUAUGGAACAAAAGAAACUUCAUAUGGCCUGUCCUUCUUCAAACCACAGCCUGGAAACUUCGAAAGAAAUUUCUCUGUAAACUUAUAUAAAGUUACUGGACAGUUCCCCUGGAGCUCACUUCGGGAGACAGACAGAGGGCUGUCGGCCGAGUACAGUUUUCCCAUAUGGAAGACCAGCCACACUGUCAAGUGGGAAGGCGUGUGGCGGGAGCUGGGCUGCCUCUCCAGGACAGCCUCGUUCGCGGUUCGAAAGGAAAGUGGACAUUCGCUGAAGUCAUCUCUUUCGCAUGCCAUGGUCAUCGAUUCUCGGAAUUCUUCCAUCUUGCCCAGAAAAGGCGCUUUGCUGAAAGUGAACCAGGAACUGGCAGGCUACACCGGAGGGGACGUGAGCUUCCUCAAGGAGGACUUUGAACUUCAGUUGAAUAAGCAACUCUUGUUAGAUUCAGUUUUCUCAGCAUCUCUCUGGGGUGGAAUGUUGGUGCCCAUGGGGGAUAAGCCCUCGAGUAUUGCAGACAGGUUUUACCUUGGGGGACCGACGAGUGUCCGUGGCUUCAGCAUGCACAGCAUUGGGCCGCAGAGCGAAGGCGACUACCUUGGCGGAGAAGCAUACUGGGCAGGUGGCCUGCACCUGUAUACCCCAUUACCCUUCCGGCCAGGCCAGGGCGGCUUUGGAGAACUUUUCCGAACACACUUUUUUCUCAACGCAGGAAACCUCUGCAACCUCAACUAUGGGGAGGGCCCCAGAGCUCAUAUUCGCAAGCUGGCUGAGUGCAUCCGCUGGUCUUACGGGGCUGGGAUCGUCCUCAGGCUUGGCAACAUCGCCCGGCUGGAACUUAAUUACUGUGUCCCCAUGGGAGUGCAGAGAGGCGACAGGAUAUGCGAUGGCGUCCAGUUUGGAGCUGGGAUAAGGUUCCUGUAGCUGACACCUCGGGGAGAAGCUCUGGGACCCACAGCACCUUGUGCCCCCUGAUAGCGGCUGGGUGGCUCUUUGACUGCAGUCCUUUAGGGAAGCCACGUCAAUAAAUGCUAAAGACACAAGCUCA